CUCCGCAACGUUGACAUCGUGCGCCGGCCUUUGGUCCCUGACGCGGUGACCAAGCCAUGUCCUUUCCCACGACGCGAGAUUUCCAAUAGCCCAUGUCCAUCGGCAUGGUUAUUUCCUCGCAGAACCCCAAAGCCCAGCUAGUCCCGACGUCUCUGUCUCUCCAUGAGGAUAUUUCCCCAUUCGGCAACAUGUUGAUGUCGGCGAUCGUGGGUAAGGUUGGUGAAACAGCUGUCGUGACGAAGGCUAGAGUAAACAGUCGCUGUACGUUAGUAAGCCCCCUCCCCUGUUGGUUCUAUGCGGGCGACGAAGCGAAUCAAGCCUCAUCGGUAGUCGCAGGCGCUGCCAUUGGUGGGUUGAGUGCCUACUGAGCGGACCGGGACAUGUUCGGCGGUGGAACUCCGCUCGGUGCUACCGCCGCCCGCAUGGGAGAUGCGGAGAGCGUCAAUCUCACAUCCAGAGCACCCCGGAACUACAUGACGAUUGACCCCACCAGAUCUCGGUAUUUGAAAGCUGAUGCGUGGGCUUGACUAAGCUUUACAAGAGCGAUGUCAUCGAGGACCGCAGAAAGGCAGGCAGGUCGGGACGUGUAAGUGCAUACUCGGGACCGUCCUGCCUAGUUGGCGAUGGGAAGAUGGGGUUCGUUGACAUUGGCUUAGCUAAUGACCCUGUCAGUGUUUGAUAAGGCGCUUUGUUGGCUGGUGAGGAUUGCGUCCCGCUCCGCUGUGGAGACACCGGUCCCGGUGCCACGAUGUCAGAGUGGAGGCGCCGUUGCCUAAGCCUUCAUGGUGCGUGUGUCAGCAACCAUCCUGGGCGGGAAUGCGGUUUGCCUCUCUCCCAACCUCGGUAGGAAGAAUUCAGAUCGGAAAGCAGGGCAUGCCGGGCUUUCUCGCUUCCCUCGAUGCAAAGCCAAACAUCUCUACCUUCGAUACUGCUCCCCUUCCUUCAUUUUCUCCUCUGUCAGUGCCACUGCACCUAACCACUGGUAGCAAGAUCUCUCCGUUGAUCUCUUGGAAGAAAGGAUGAGCGAAGCCUACCUUAGGAAGGGAAGUAAGUCUAUGGUCGAGUCAGAUGAAGGUCUACACCCGUCUUGCAGGUAAUUUGCACAAUGCGUGAUCCUACGCACCAUCAGAAGUGAGUCCUCUUGCCCAGUGCCUUCUUUAUUGAAGAUGCACAUCGCUCCAGAUUCUCAUCCGAUAAGACUUACUAGUGGUUCGGACGGUUGUUUGUGAAUUGCUAACCUGGGAAUUCGGUUGAUCCAUUCCACUUCUGUCGGGAGAACAGCGGCAGCAGAACAAUAGUGAGGUACCCGGGAGUCUGUUGGGACACAGAUCAUCGCUUUUCAUCCAAGGUGGUCGAUAAAGCUCUAUGAAGGACAACUCAGGAGGGAACGGAGCGGCGUGACUUGAGGCAACACGCGCACCCUCUCAAAUGGGCAUGUCAAGGAAGUGUGCCGUUGAGUGGCCAGGCUGAUGGUCAUGAUCUCAACGCUCUCCACAACCAAGCUGCCCAAGUCGGAACAAUAUGGCUAGUGUUGCCGUAGAAAAGGCCAUUAUCGGGAGGCUUCACCCAUUAGCCGAUUCAACUC